UAACAUCGCAUCCAUCUCAAUCAUCGAACGAGAGAGUGGGGUUCUUCCCUAUCAAUGACGAGACGACGACGGCGCGAUGAAGCUAACAGCCAGUCUCAACCCAUCGACCUGUGCUGUUCAAAACCUGUUAUCUUUUAAUAGGAACGACGAUCACGCAAGAGAGGAAUCACCAAUAAGUUCUCACCGACGAGAUUUGUUUGGGAUGAAUACCCAGUGUUUUGAUUUUGGUCGGCAGUUUGUAGCUUAGUAGCAAAUGGUGCACUUGUAAUCUUUCGCUAUGUUCGGCGCACUGAGAUGGCUAAUUACAGCGGCGGUGAUUUGCGAAGGUCGACAUUGGGAUGCAAACCGAAUGUUAUCAAAUGAACGGCACACAUUGGAUGAUUGCAGAUUGCGUUUUCAUCAACUCAUCGAUGCCGGGGCCUCUGCUCCUGCUUCUGGAAGCCCGGCGUUGUUGAAAGAAUUCGCUCACAUGGGAGCCAUAGGGUGGACCCAGGAUGAUGGGAAAGUACUGUGGCAUUGUGGAGGAACAUUGAUUUGGAUGGACUUCGUACUGACUGCGGCACAUUGCGUGGUAGAUCACCGGAAUAUUCGACCGGAUAUUGUUCGGUUUGGCGACUUGAAUUUGGAAACCGACGAUGAUGACGAAUAUGCCCAACAAUUUAAGAUAUCUCGAAUAUAUAGACACCCGCUACAUCGAUUUGGAGUGAAGUACCAUGACAUAGCACUGAUGAAGUUGGAAAAGCCUGUUAGGAUACAUGAUACAGUAUGCCCAGCAUGUCUUUGGAUCGACCCUGAGAUACGUUUUACAGAACUCGUCGCUACUGGAUGGGGCAGCACUGGUCAUUUUGAGGAUCGCACUCCUUCGCUGCUAAAAGUUACGCUAAAGCCCUUGGAAUCCUCCAAAUGUGAAAAGUUUUAUACUAGUGAACUUGUUCGAGGUUUGACUGCUGGUCUUCAUGAGAACCAUCUUUGUGCUGUCGAUGAGAAGAUGGACACCUGUGAAGGCGAUUCCGGUGGUCCACUUCAAGUCAAGCUGUUACACCACACCCGUCUUACGCCUUUCAUAGUGGCUGUCACUUCAUUCGGAUUGCCCUGUGGAUUAUCAAAUCCUGGAGUGUACACUAAAAUAGGCCCGUACCAUGACUGGAUUCUAGCAACUAUGCGGCAAGGUGGCACUGUUAUUGAAGAUGAUAUUUUCAACGCCACAUUCUGCGCAUUACGCUUCCAGAAAUUCCGUGAAGAUAUCUACACAAGGCCUUUCAACAAUACCCAUGUGUACGAGUAUACUGGCUACACUGAUCAUAUAUAUACAGAUAUUCCUCCAACAUAUCUUGUUCAGCUAAUGUGGAAUAUUGAUGGGAGUCCUCAGAAUUGUUACGGUACAAUCAUCGAUGAAAAUACAGUUCUAACAGUUGCUAAUUGUGUCCAUCAUCAAGGGAUUCCAGCUUCAGCUGUAUCACAUCCAGACGAAGGUGUGAUAAAGAUCUCAAAAAUAAAUGUGCAUCCCCAAUACAAUCCGGCUUACGGCUACCAUAAUAUUGCCAUUCUACGGUUGACAAAACUGAUCAGUUUCAUUAAUAUUCGACCUGCUUGCAUUGAUUAUGAUAAAAUGUGGGUCCACCAACCCAAUGGCGUAUUCGGAUUUGGGAGGAGAGACAUUUACUAUUGCAUAGAUUUCCCUGAGUGUAUAGAUCCAUCAUUGAUACCAUUGAUUGUCUACAUAGAGCCAAAAACCGAGACAACGUGCAAAUUAUCUCGAGAAUUUGUACCACGCUUUCCUGACGGCAUCACUGAUGAACUUAUCUGUGCAGGGAUAGAUCGAUUUCUGGUACCCGGAGCAUGUGACCUAAAGCUUGGAGGUUCAUAUUCAAACGUUAACAAAAUUAUAAGGCGUGCUCUCCCAGCCAUAGACAGAACAAUAAUUGUAAGAGGUGACUUGUAUCCUCGUCUGGAUGGUUUGGUACAAAUUGGGAGAGACUGUGGCUAUGGCGAGCAUUUGCUGUCCACAAGAAUUCAAAGCCAUAUCAAAUGGAUGGAGCGUGUACUGCUUCCAAAAAGCGCGACGACUAAUGCAGUUCAGUUCUUGGAUCACAGCCGCUGCGUUGGUGAUUCAUGCACUGACGCACACGGCAUGCCGGGAAGAUGCACUGCAAUAUCGAGAUGUCAGCGGAAGUGGAAAAAGUUUGAACUCACAAAAGAGGCCACAUUUUGUUCUUCGACUUCGGUGAUCUGUUGCCCUAAUGCAGACAUCGAUAAAGACGCCUGGAGCAACAAACACUCGCUUCUUAUGAAGUGUCCAAAACUCGUAAAUGCUUUGCUUCCAGAAAACAAUAGUGCUCCAAUGGUUCGAAUUUUUGGUAACUCAACUCUAUAUAUCUGCAUGGGCGCCAUCAUUUCCGAUCGAACAAUACUAACUUCUGCAAGUUGUGUGAACACCGCAACAACUCUUUCUGUUCAACCGCUGGGAAAUCCUAAAAUCACGAUACAAGUUCGACAAGUUGUGAAACACAGCUCAUUCAACACAACUGAUUACAGUAACGAUAUUGCUAUCCUGCGACUAUCACAAUCCCUCACCUGGAGUCCUCAGCUGCAUCCUGCAUGCCUGUGGAACAACCAAACUCAUUCUCCACUUAUAGUUGAAAUGCUACAACCAUUCAAUACAACCGACGACACCGACAUCGAGUAUAUCGAGCUGCUAACCAUGUACAACUCGGACUGUCAAAGAACACAUGCCCACCCGAUUCGAGAUUCGCACAUUUGCGUCAAAUAUCCAUAUCGGGAGUACACGUGUCUUCAGUCGCACAGUAUGCUCCGGUGGGAAGAUGCGGAAGGUGUUCCAUACUUGAUUGGCCUGUCAACGGAUACCAGAGAGUGCAUGGGGUGGUCCUACAUGACCUUCUCACGGGUUGCGGCUUUCUUAGAUUGGAUUGUGGACAACAUAGAUGAUGGGGAAAUUAGACGAUCGUUUAAAUUGUGAAUAGCAUUAAAUAAAGUACAAGCCUCAUAUUAAAUGAUUUAUUAUUUCAUGGAAAACAUGUUACUAUAAAAUAAUAACGAAAAUCAGCAAAUCAGGCCAAACAUUUCAAUAGGUCCUAUCUGCAUUAGAGAGGCUCUCUUUGUUCACUCUCUCUUUCAGUUAUUGCUAUGUAAUGGUACACUUUUCAACUAUUUUUGCAGUACAAAUCAAAAGACGAUUGUUUUGACGAUCGUUCAAUGCAAGGAGACAAUCGUAAUGCAAAUUAACGGCUGAGAUAUUAAUGGAAGAGAGGCAAACCAAAGAGAGCCUCUCUUCUGCAGAUAGGACCUUUAGACAUGUUUGGCCUGAAAUACUUCUCGAGUACAAAAAUGUUAAAUGUAAAAUUCUCUUUGAAUUAACAAACCAGUGUUUUAUGUCGUCUCUCGUAAAAAAUAAAAACGAAACGUAUUAUAUACACAUUUUGAAAAAUACGUUUAUUCCAACUGUA